UCGUAACCGUCUUCGCUUCGUGAUGUAUCUGAUGUGUGUUUCUGCACAUGGCCGUGUCGACAGACGACUCAUCACGUCGCUCUGCGUUCGUCUGCCCUUUUUCACUGAUAAACCGUAUCACAUAGCACAUCCACCAUGACUACGUCUUCUGAAGACGUGCUGAUGCAAGUAGGCCAAGUUCGGUACAAGAAAGGCGAUGGAACUCUUUAUGUAAUGAAUGAAAGAAUCGUUUGGAUGGUUGAUAAUAAAGACACUGUAGCUGUGAGUCAUAAAUAUGCAGAUAUUAAAAUGCAAAAAAUUUCACCUGAUGGAAAAUCGAAAAUUCAACUCCAACUUGUAUUACAUGAUGGAACCUCUUCGACAUUUCAUUUUGUCAAUAGAAAUGGGCAAGCAGCACAAAUUAAAGAUCGAGAUAAUGUAAAAGAGUUAUUACAACAAUUAUUACCUAAAUUUAAAAGAAAAGUUAACAAAGAGCUCGAAGAAAAAAAUAAAUUGCUGCAAGAGAAUCCAACACUAUUACAGUUGUAUCGUGAUUUAGUGAUGACUCAAGUAAUAACUUCAGAAGAAUUUUGGAAUCAACAUGCGAUAGAUUAUACUCAAGCGAAAAGCCAGCGCCAGGAUAUUGGAGUAAACAGUGCCUUCCUCGCUGAUAUAAAACCACAAACAGAUGGCUGUAAUGGCUUGAAAUAUAAUUUGACAGUGGAUAUCAGAGAAUGUAUUUUCAAGACUUACCCAGCAGUAAAACGGAAGCAUGAAGAGAAUGUACCCCACAAAAUGUCAGAACCUGAAUUUUGGACGAAAUUUUUUCAAUCUCACUAUUUUCACCGUGAUCGCAUUCAUGCUGGGACCAAAGAUCUAUUUACCGAAUGUGCCAAAAUAGAUGAUCAAGAAAUUAAAAAAGAUAUUCAAACUGGUAUAAAUGAUCCACUACUUGAUAUUACAUCUUUUGAGGAUAAAACAACCGAUGAAUUUUAUGAUAGUGGGUUUAGUAAAAAUGAUAAAUCAUCUGGAAAUAUAAUUCAUCAGAGCAUGAUUAAACGAUUUAAUCAGCAUAGUAUAAUGGUGAUGAAAGCUAGUACUGCCAAGCAACAACCUUCCACGCCAAAUACUACCAUGCAGCCGCAAGUUAAUGGCUCAGCUACGUCUACAGGAAAAACUCCAGCUUCUGGAAGGCUGGAAAAUGAACCAAAGACUAAAAAACUUAGGAUACAAGAAAAAUUGGUGUAUGAUGAUCUUGAUGCAAGCCAAGAUGUAAAUGUAGCUGUUGGAACUCCACUUAAUUUAACCCAUAUAGAUAGAUAUUUACAUGGUCCCAUAACUAGCAACAGUACUACCGAGACAACGAUAAAUGAUCCUCAAACAACAUUAAGUCAAUUGAAACGUGAAGCUGCUAACUGGGUCAAUGGAAACACUCUAUCGCGGCAAUCUGCCACAUCGUUAAUCAGUCCCGCUGCUUCGGUUUCAGCAUUAGGGGAAUUAACUCCUGGUGGUGCUUUAAUGAAAGGUUUUCGUGAAGAUAAUGUUGGACAAUUAAUACCUAAGGAUUUGGAGAAAGAAUUACGAAAUGUUUAUGUAUCUACAUGUGAGUUGUUGAAACACUUUUGGCGUAGUUUUCCACCUACAACGCCACAACUUGAAGAAAAAGUUGUUAGAAUGCACGAGACCUUACACAGGUUUCAUUCAGCCAAGCUCAAGCCAUUUGAAGAUCGUGUACAAAGGGAAUUUUCAGCAGUGAGCCAACAUUUAACAAGUCAUCUUAACCAACUAUUGAAUACAGCAUAUCGAAAAUUCGCUGUCUGGCAGCAAAGGAAAAUGCAAAUGAGGUAGCCUUGGCAUAAUUUUUACUAGAAAAAGUAUGAAAAAAAGUUUAAAUAAAUUAAUGGAAAGCAAUAUCGAUAUUAAUACAUAUAUUGCACUUUUGUAAUGUUACCAUAAAUAAUUGAGUACGAAAAUGAAAAUGAGUUUUAAAAUAAUUCAAUAGUAAAUGGAUUAAGACCUGGAUGAAACCUAGAAAGCAUUGCAUAUACUCAUAUCAUAUCUGCUGUUUAUUUAUUUGUAAAAGUAAUCAAGGGACCUCGAGUGGUAAUAUAUCUGAAUAAAAAUGAGACGAAAUUACGAAUAGUUAUAACUAAAUAAAUUGAUGAAUUUUGAAAGAGCAGAUAAAAGUAUAUUUUUACAAUAAUUUUCAAUACAAUAAUUUGAAAUAAUCUGCAAUAGAAUUUUUAAUUUUAUUUUUCAUCUUUUAUUUUGUUUUAUUUGAUUUAAAAAUUACGAUGUAUAUUUUUUUCAUAUGUUUUUUUUUUAAUUUUCGUCUAUUUCAUUGAACAUAAUUACGCUAAGAAGCUUUGUACCAUUUUUAUAUAUUACUACUCGAAAUACCUUAAUUUGACUUUCUUAGAAUAAUUUUUGAAUAAAAAAUAAAGAGUGAAUGAAAAUCAUAAAAAUUAUUCACUCGAAACUAUAAAUUUAUUAAAUGAACUAAGACUGCCGAUAUUUUGUAAUUUUAAAUUCAUCUGAAUUUGUUUUAUUAGCUGUAGCUAAGAAAAUUUCGCAUUUAUAUUUGAAUAAAAAUCAAAAUUUGGCAAUAAAUGCGUGAU